AUGAAUACAUUGCUCUUUUUUAUUGCGGCGCGGAAUCUAAGAUUUAUUAAAACAAUAGUCGUUGAUGCCACAAAGUCAUUUAAACCCGGAAUAUAUGAAUUUACUUUAAAUGCUGCAGCUGGAGGCCGUGGGUGCCAAUCAGGUUAUAAAAAUACUUAUGGAGGGAAUGGAGCAGAAGUAAAAGCUAGAUUAAAAUUUACCCAUAGAACAAAUGUCACGUUUACAAUCGGAAAAAUGCCUAUAGGAGAUUGCCGUAUAUCAAAUCUAGGUGGAUAUCCUAAUGGAGGAGUGAGCGGUGAAGAUCUCAAUUUCAAGGGCAAUGAUGCAUCGGGCGGUGGUGGGGGAAUGACUGCAAUAAGUAUUGAUGGUAAUUUCAUUUUAAUAGCUGGAGGAGGUGCAGGAGGUGCUGGAAACUUCAACGGAUCUCAUGGAGGAGGUUUUGGAUAUACAUUGCGAGUCACAGGUUUAGCAUCUAAGCAAGAAGAAGAAAGAACAGUGCAAUAUAUUCGAAAAGAUAGUCGACACGGCGGAAAAGGUAAAUCAUGGAUCGCAACUCCAGGAUCUGGUGGUGGUGGUGGCUGGCGUGGAGGAAUGGGAGGAAAAGGCGGUCCAAAAACUGAUCCAAAAGUUUGUGGUUGUGGAGGAACCUCAGGAUAUUUAAAUUCUUUUCAAUAUUUCUUCACACCCCCAACAGCAAUAGAUGGUAGAUUUACAAAUAAUGACGGAGAUGGCUCAGUUAAUAUUGUUCUUGUUAAUGUACUGGAUACAGUUCCAGAAAAUAAUCGCAAACCCCGAAAGAUCUUUGUUGCAUCCUCAAUGUAUAUGUCAUUUGCAGCCACAAAUUUGUUAUAA